CAAUGCAUGGGCUCGUCUAUCGAUGUUUCUCGCCUGAUUCGUCUUGUAAGUUGAGCAUGUUGUGGACUGGGUUUUAUAUGACAAUUUGAAAGGCUAGCAUAAUAAAGCAGCAUGGGUCGCCGCUCGUCUGAUAGUGAUGAUGACAGUCGGAGCAGACGAAAGAGAAAACAACGUCGCCGUUCGUCUUCUUCCUCGUCCUCCUCGUCCUCCUCCCGCAGGGUGAGCUCCAGCCGCAGCCAGAGGUCGACCCGCAGGAGCCGCUCCAGAGACAGAGACAGAGACAGAAACAGAGACCGGGACAGAGACAGGAGGCGGAAAAGACGUUCCAGCAGCAGUUCAUCUCACAGUUCAUCGCGCAGGAGGCGGAGCCGCAGUGCAGACAGGGAUAAAGGAAGAAGCCAUCGGUCACACAGGUCACGCAGCCGAGACAGAAGGUCCCAUUCUCGCCACCGUCGCUCCCGUAGUCGCAGUCACAGCCGCCGAAGAAGCCGCAGUCGUGACCGGAGCCGACGCAGAGACAGGGACCGUGACAGGGACAGGGAGCGAGACAGGGACAAAGACAGGAGCAAAGACAAAACGGACAAAAAGGGAGACCCCGGGAGCAUCAAAUCUAAAGGGCUGGAACAUCUGACUCCAUCUGAACAGGCCAAGGUCCGAAUGCAACUGGUUUUACAAGCCGCAGCCAAGACAGACGAGGUGCUAAAGGCUAAAGUGGCAAAAAGAGAAGAAGAUGCCCGCAAUAAACUGCUGGAAGAAGGAACUUCUCUAGAGGAGCAAGUGCGAAGGAUAAAGGACAUUGAAGCCAUCGAGAGUGAUUCCUUUGUUCCUCAGGCUUUCAAAUCAUCCCGGGACCAACUAAAGGUUGAAGUAAAAAAAGAAGAAGAAAAAACUGUUCCUCAGGACCUCAGUUUUCCACUGUCCACUGUCUACAAUGACACGGAUACUUUGGCUCAUCCUAAUCUGUUCAUGGACAAGGACAAAGCAGAAGAGCUAUGGAUGAAGAGACUGAUCUCCCUACGUCAGGAAAGACUAUUGGGCAGUCCUGUCACUUAAGCAGAAGCCUGUGCUGUCAGUUCGGAUAUUAUCAGUUAUUAAAGAAGUAUAGCAUUUUCAAAAUGUAGUGACGAAAAUCUUUUUUUAUGCUGUUCCUCUUUUAGUAACCUAAGUUGUCGAUAUUUACAUGUAACAUUGUUUCUGUAAACAAAC